CUCUGAGGCUGCUGUCAACCUGCGUUUUGCGCUAAGCUAGCUUUAGCUUUAAACAUUUGUCUCCGUCAGUAAUGACUUCUAACACAUCUCUACCUCAGUGACUUGAAGACUGUGUUUGUAUUACUAACUGUUGAAGACGAUGGGGGUGUCGCAGAGCUCGUUUCUGUCGGAUGGAGGAACUUCUAGUGGAUAUCAUGUUCAUGGGCUUCAAGAGGACUCUCCAGCUCUGAGGGCCGGUCUGGAGCCUUUCUUUGACUUCAUUCUCUCCAUAGGGAAUACCCGACUCAACAAAGAGAGCGACCUGCUGAAAGACCUUCUAAAGGCCAAUAUGGAGAAAGCGGUCAAACUCGAAGUGUACAACUCUAAAACCCAGCGGGUGAGGGAACUGGAAGUCACUCCCAGUAACAUGUGGGGGGGGCAGGGUCUGCUGGGGGCCAGUGUUCGCUUCUGCAGCUUUGAAGGAGCCAAUGAGAACGUUUGGCACGUCUUGGAUGUGGAAACCAACUCUCCUGCAGCCUUGGCCGGCCUUAUUGCUUACGAUGACUUCAUCGUAGGAGCUGACCAGGUGUUGCAAGAUUCAGAGGAUUUCUUUUCUUUGAUUGAGGCCAACGAGGGGAAGCCUCUGAAGCUGCUGCUGUACAACACUCAGACCGACAACUGCAGGGAGGUGGUGGUGACUCCCAAUGGAGCGUGGGGAGGAGAGGGGAGCUUAGGCUGUGGCAUUGGCUACGGCUACCUGCACAGAAUCCCCAGUCGUCUUGCUCUUCCUCAACCGGAGAGCUCACACGUUGAGCCGUCCACGCUGAUGGACAGCAGUGAAGAGCCGGCAACAACAAGCCAACCCACAGAGGUGCCUUCAGAGGAUGCACAAAUCCCUUUAAGUGUCGGUGAAAUAGAUUUGAAUCAAGAGGAAGCAGCUGUGCAGGACUUGUUUGUUCCAUCGCCCUCUCAGCCAGCUGUGGACUUAGAUGUUUCCACCAUACCCGACUCGAUGACUCAAGACUUGUUAGACAUGGUUUCCAACGAUGACGUCAACCAGAGCUCCAUGAUUGUUAAUUAUGGAGAUGAAUCUGUUGAUCAGUGCAGCUUUGAUGCCUCAUCUGUUGACCAAAUACCCUCCUCUCCUGAGAGAGAAGCAGACAUCCAGGAGAGCGAGCAGGAGGGAGUUACUGACCCGAUCACUGCCAUUUCUCCCAGCGUUAACGUGGAUAACUCAACAGAAAUCCCCUCGGAGAUCCCGAGUGACGGCAGUAUCCCAGAGGUGAAGGAUAUUAGUCCUGAGCCCGUGAUCUCAGCAGAUUCUGUGGAGGACGAGGAGACUUCAGAAACCGCAGCGUCUGACAGUUAGGGAGAGUUUAAGCACAUAUCAUAUCAUGUCUGCUGCUAGUUAGAAGAGUUGUAGCGCACACUAGGACACAGAAAGCUUCCCUUAUGAUUGUAAGUUGCAUCACUGGAACGUUUUUGAUAUCCAGGUGCCAUUGCUGCAUGUUGAAUUGCACAUUUUAGAAAAGAUAGUACUUGAAAGAUGGUUCAAACAGUAUGAAUGUACUCUUUCAUUUAGACUCAAGCAGGAUGAAGCCUUAGAUGCUGUUAAAAGUCGUCCUAGUUUGCACAAAAAAACCCAAAGGUGAGUCAUGUUUAGUUUGGUUGCUCUCACCGUUAUCCUCUACUGUUAUGAAACACUGUUGUAAAAAAGAGAGUUUGAGGUGUAGUUCAAACAGAUCCAUCAUAUGGUUUUAUUUGUUUUAUAUAUUGGUAUUUGGUUGUGGAUGGUUUUAUUUUCCCGUGCACAUGAGAAACAUUUUAAUCUCAGGCAUUUUCCAGUUAAGCCUCUUUGCCUUACGUCUCAUGUUUAAAAACCCGCCUUUCUGAUAUGUUAGAUCUGACUUUGAAUCAGUGUAAAUGAAGGAGCCAUGUUCCACGCAGCUCUGUGAUUGUUUUCUGUUCGUCCUCUUUAUAAAGAUUUUAAUUAAACUAUGUUUCUGAUUUGUAUGGAUGGACACAAAUAUUCAAGUAUUUAUAAAAAGAAAAUGAUCCAA